AUGGAAUAUAUAUCUGCAAUCAUAUUAAUUUAAAUCUAACAAUGGCUGUUUCGAAAAUCACUGUGGCCUUACUCGUUCUGAGUGCUUUAUUGACUGUUUGUUACGGUCAAGUCUCUCAAGGUGGUCCACAUGGGCCUCAAGGAGGGCCACACCAAGAUCAAGGCAGAAUUCGACGCCAAGCAUCUCAAAACGAAGACGAUAUCAACGAAGUUAAUGAAGACCAAGCUGGUCCCAACGUACUGCAAAACCCGCAAAACUGGACGACAUGCGAUAUUACAGCUGUACCAAGAAUAUCUUGUCACGACUGCAACACGCGUUUAAUCUGCAAACCAAUCGGUGGUAUUUUGAAAAUCUGCAAUAAUCCGGCCAGACCUUACUGCAAUUUCGGCAUUUGUUCCUCUAUACCAAGUACUACAUGUGUUUAAAUGCCGUAAAUAUUUUAAAAAUUUAAACAAUAUCAUUUGUUAUAUAUUGGGAUCGAUGGGUAUAUGGUAUAAUUAUA